UAACUUCCGGGAUCAUCGGGCUUUGGCUCGCGCUAAAGUUGUAUGUUGAUGAGGACGUCGAACGAUUGAAGAGAAGCUGUGUGACAAUUCAAAUUGUUUCGUCAUUGAUAUAUAUAUUCUCGUGUAUUAUCUUAAUCUAAGGAAGGAUAAAAAGGACGAGGAAACUUCAUUUAAACUGCGAGGCUCGAUUUUACGCUGGUACAAGAAAAUCUCGUUCCAGAACUGAGUUUUGCGUUGUAGAUUUUGGACAUUGUAGAUCUUGUUGAUCAAUGUUAAAUCGCAGAUCAUUGAAUACAGUCGAUCUCGCGCGAACGUUAUCCUCACUGUGUCUUGAUAAAGUCCGCAACCAGUAACUCAGGUUCUCGUCGGCGAUUUCAUCCGAAUAGAGGUGCGAGGUGCGUGGAUGAGAAUAAUUUUGGAUGAUCUGAUCCGCUUCAUGUUGCGCUAAACCGAUCGCUCGCUUAUUUUUUAUCGUUAUUCAUCAGCACGCGCAGCUUUGUUAGCCGAUCAUUUCGCGAAAUCUAUCCUUGUAAGACAAUCCAAGAAACAUAAGAAACUUAUUCCAAGAAGCAGUAUCAUCAGGAUCGGAUUGAAGCCCGACGAUAAACGUGCCGAGUAUUCUGUGUAAACUCCUCGAGUUCGCGUAGAACCGUUUGCGAAGAUCUCGCGAGGGCGAAAGUGAGAAAAGGGUGAUGGUGAAUGGACUCACAUGGUUGCUCUACCCAAUAGACAGUGAGUCCAUUCGAAGGACACAUGGUUCGUCGACGGUGUUGGGUUUUUCUGAUCCCACGCAGUUUCCCGUCGUACCUGGCUCGGUGACUGUCGGCGAAUUCGUUCGCUCUUGGUGGACAAAGACUUCCGAGAAGGUGGUGCGCGAAGGGAAGUACCAGCCACGACGGGGCCCAGCGCCGGGGCGGAGACAAGGCCCCCGGUGCAGGGAAGAAGCGAGACAGGGGAAGAAAUCGAGUUUAGCGUAGCAGCAACGGCCCUGAAACUACAAGGGAGAGCAACUACCCCCUUGAACAGGGGGGAACCUAGGAGGAGGCGACCUCGCCGACGGAGGCGACGGAAAAAGAAGCGACGGAGGUGCGGCGUAACUUCGAUUGUAGGGUGGACAGAGGAACGAAACGGGUCUGGAGUGGCUUGGCGCUUUGAACGAAGGUGUCACACCAGGGUAGACGAAGAACUUUGAUUACAUCUUCCGCCACCAUCUCGUAUACGCCGUAUACUCUCCCUUCUCUUUGCUAAUUAAAGGUUCUGUAGUGCUCCAGUUUAUAAUUUUAUCGGUAGUGAGCUCAGUGUGAUAAAAAGUUAAAUGAUGUACACAUGUGAUCCACGAUAAUGAUAAUUUGAUAUAUAUAUAUAUGUAUAUAUAUAUAUGUAUAUAUAUAUAUAUAUAUAUACGUGUGCUUGUGCUAUCCAAGAGUGCGUGAAAUGAGAAGAAUUGAGUGAGAAAAAAAGUAAAAGAUUCGCGAAGAGAAAUGCAAUUUCGAAGUGAUAAAUCUGUAUCUAUGUAAAGACGUGUGUUAGUGUGUCCGCACGCAAGAGUACAAAACAAAAUAAAUAUACAUACGAAGAGAAAAAGAGAGAGAGAAGAAAAAUCAUAUAAAUCAGCCGAGGAUAACCAAAGGAAAGCCCGUCAGCAACGUAGAGAAGUGACAUUAGCAGGUGAGACAGGUGGGACAGUAGCAUGAGUUCGUACUUUGCGAAUUCGUACAUCCCGGACCUGCGAAAUGGCGGGGUGGAACACCCGCAUCAGCAUCAGCAGCACUACGGUGCGGCCGUACAGGUACCUCAGCAGACACAGUCGGUUCAGCAGCAGUCCCAGCAAGCCGGUGAUCCCUGCGACCCGAGUUUGUUACGUCAAGGAGUAUCCGCCCAUCAUUAUGGAACUACGGGAGGUCAACAGGACAUGCCUUAUCCGAGGUUUCCCCCGUACAAUCGGAUCGACAUGCGGAACGCGGCCUAUUAUCAGCAUCAGCAGGAACACGGAAGUAUGGACGGUAUGGCUGGUUACAGGUCGACGUCCCCGAAUCCUGCUAUGGGUCACAUGGGACACACGUCAACUCCCAACGGACAUCCGUCCACCCCCAUCGUCUACGCCAGUUGCAAACUUCAGGCGGCUGCUGUCGAUCAUCAGGGCAGCGUUCUCGACGGACCGGAUAGUCCGCCUCUCGUCGAAUCGCAGAUGCAUCAUCAAAUGCACAGUCAGCAUCCGCAUAUGCAGACGCAACAGUCACAGCAUCCGCAGCAGCAAUCGCAGCAUCAGCAUUUACAAGCGCAACAACAACAUAUGAUGUAUCAACAGCAGCAGCAAUCUCAAACCACGUCGCAACAGGGACAAACCGGAAUGCAUCCGCAACAGCAAGCUCAACAGCAAGCUCAACAGCAUCAAGGUGUCGUUGCGUCGUCGCUCAGUCAACAACAGCAAGGUGCGCCUCAGGCUGCGGCAAGCACGAACUUACCAAGCCCAUUGUACCCUUGGAUGAGAAGUCAAUUUGAGAGGAAAAGAGGCCGGCAAACAUAUACACGAUACCAAACGUUAGAACUGGAAAAAGAAUUUCAUUUCAACCGAUAUCUCACUAGACGGCGACGUAUCGAGAUCGCACACGCGCUAUGUCUGACGGAACGGCAGAUAAAGAUCUGGUUUCAAAACAGACGGAUGAAGUGGAAGAAGGAGAACAAGACGAAAGGGGAACCAGGCUCGGGCGAUGGCGACACUGAAAUCUCGCCGCAGACGUCGCCGCAGGGUUGAAAGAGCUCCGAGAAGUGGAACUUCCUUUCCAUCUCUCUCAGGGUCGUUUAUACCUUGUUUCCAGCUACUACCUCCUUCCCACCCCAAACCUGAAUCCUCAUCAAUGACCUCCAAAUAAUCCCUGUAAGCAAUGACGCUUAUUUUGUCGUGUUAAUCAUGUUGCUUGUACCAAAAAAAAAAAAAAAACGAAG